GCUGGGCGCUCCUUCAGGUAACCAGGACCCAACCCAAGUUCUACCCUGAAUAUCCAUAACCUGAAUUGCAAGUGAUUUUUCACUGACAUCUGCAUAUCUGCAGUGUUCCCAUCAAAACAUGCAAAUAUAUUAGUUAUUGAGGUGAUUGGCCUCAUUGUUCUUGGCUUGAUUUUGCUAAUUUAACUAAAAUAGCUUCUAAAAACAAUUGUCUAAUUACAUUUCUUUUUAUUUCAGCCUUUGAGUUUUCAGUAUAUUACUUCUGUUGUUUAUGUCUGUAAAUGCCCAAAGUUAUAAUAGAGAUUUUCCUAGAGGCUACUUACUGAUUAGGAAUGAAAAUAAUAUAAGGUAAAUUAGCUUUCAGAGUCUCAUGCUAUGCAGUUCUUGACUUCCUUGCAUUCAGUAUAAUUUAACACCUAAAUAAUACUGCUGCUUGUAAGAAAUCCAUGCUAAGGAGGUGGGGGAAAUCUGGCAAUUUGCCUUGUUUUCUAAAAAUACUUCAAUUGAUGGCAUGCCCCCUGAGACAGAGCAGCCUAGCAUAGGUCUCCCUGAGCUAGGCCCCAUUUACACACUCACUGAUUUCUCCUGCAGCAGGAAUUUUCUCAAACUAAAAAUAUUAUAAUAGGACUAUCUUCUCUAAUGCUUGGAUACAUUUGAUGGUAUCUCUCAUUUUGAUUGCAAUGUUAGCAGCCUAUAAAUGUAACUUUAGAAUUGUGAACUGCUUUGAGAACCAAUAAAAACCAGUAUUCAAAUAUUGUAGUUUUUUUAAAAAAAGUAUUAAUGCAGUGAGAAUCAUUUCCCUGCCAAGAUUCUUUGUUCCUGUGGUAUGUUUGUGAAUACCAGAACAAAUUGAACCAGUCUCAUAAGGAUUUCCCAUCUUGUCACACAGAGUUCAAUAGAUGGGAUGCAGUACAUUUUAGUUCUUAAGAACUGUUUUCCAUAAUUCAAAAUAUUUUGGGGUAGAGGUGUUCUUUUCACUAUGGGUGGUUGCAGAGACAGAGGGAGCACUUACCACUACCAAUAAAAAUGCACUAUGCAUCUACUGUCUCUCCUCAACAAUUUUUUUUCAUAAGAGAAAAGUCAAUAGAAGCAAUGAUGUAACAUGGUAGGGUUACAAAUGAAAGUUAUGUCUCUCCAACUCUCUUCAUAAUUUGUUUGAAGACAAGCAACUGCAGGAAAAAUGCCUCAUCUGAAAGAACUCUGACUGGUUUUCAGAUGAUUUUAGUGAAAGAAAAGGUUAUUCUAUUGCAUGUCCCCAAAAUUAAAGACAAACUCACUCAGUGGUCUUAUUUGGCUGACCUUAAUAAAAGAGCACUUUGUAUCAUUGCAAAGGUACUUCUGUCUGCUGCUGUAAGGAGGGUAAUAAAAAUACCACUCUAUGGAAAGACACCAGAUGGAAGGAAUGUCAACACACUGGAACUAAUUUAGGAGAUUGCUCUGAUAUAGAGCAAAGGCAUGAGGAGAAUUCAGAUGGUUCCAAUGUGAAAAGAUUGGCUGCCUUUCUUAAAACAACAAACUAAAAUUCUUAUCCUGGGGUUACAUGUAAACGGAAAGCAAUCAACCCUCAAGGUGAAUGUCCAUUUUUUUAAAAAAAUGCUGUACAACUGUAGGUUUCAGUCUCACUUUAGGAUCCCCAAAACACAGAAAUAAAAUAGGACAUUAGUUUACUUUUAGUUCUAUCUUAUACAUUUUAAAAUAAACAGUUGUAAAACAUCUAGCCAAGACGUAAAGAAACCUAGGCAAACUAGUAUGACUUUUUUAUUUGUUUCUCUUAGGUUGCAUUCUUGCCCUCAGUGUUACAUGUAAAGUUUCUAUCUUUUUACAGAAAAAUGUUUGAUUAACUGUUCUCAGCAUGCUUCACAAGAUUUUCUCCUUUUUAAAUGAGCAGGCCUGUUUUUAAGAGGAAAAUUAUGCCCUAUUGGAUGCAGUAGAAUUCUAGAGUGUUGAGCAGGCAGAUAGAGAGAGAAAUCUGCAGAGUUAAGAGCUCUGAAUAGAAGCUGAGCUCAUCAUUUCAAGAUUUCUAAAUAUAGUUAAAUAGAUUACAUUCAGGAGUUAUUAUGAUAGUAGAACAGGAUGUAAUGGAGAAUAAUGGGCUGAAAACAUAUUACAAAAUGUUCUUUAGCUCAGACACUUCUUUCUUUAAGUUCUUUUCCAGUUUUACAUUCUUUAUCCUUUUAAUAAAAUCCCAAUCCAAAAGAUGUGAUUGCAAUUAGCUGGCCAGAAGCAAGGAAUAAAAAAUAACAUACAUACCCCUUCAAAAAUAAAAGUUUAUUGUAAGCUUAUUAACUGUUUGAAGGGAAACACUUUCUCCUUGUUGCAUAAAGAGCUAUUUGCCUUUUGGAAAGGUUUAAGAAACAAGAAAGGGAGCAAAUAUACUACAUCCUGCAAAAUAGUCUAUCACAUUUUGGCCCUUCCCUACAGUAUUUUCCCCAUCUGAUUUCAGUGGGGGUGGAAUUAAAUGUAGUAACUGCUGCAAUCAUAGCAGUUAAAUAACAACCGAACACUAGUAUUUACAAGUAAUAUUUAUUUGUUUUGUAAGUUCAGCCAGAGGCUACACAAAGGAAAACCAAAUUCUGUGGUCAAAGUAAAAUAAGCAAAUGGGUAUAUAUUUAUUCAUGUUGCAAAAUGUAUUCUUUUUCCAAGAUAAUAUUCUUUUUCAAAGAACUUUAUAUUUUUGGUAAGGGAUUUAGGUGGCAGAAAGAAAUAAUGGCAGUAGGGAAAAAAGCUUGGAAACCAAUGUAGGAAUAGUAUACACGGGAUUUGUCAGGCAGAGUUGUGGGUAGUUUUCAGAAGAUAGCCAGAAGCCGGAAAGCAGGAGCAUGGAGUUAUGCCAGAGAGUCAGAGCAGAGGGAUCAAGCCAAGAAUCAGAGCCAAAGAACACAGCAGAGCCAUGAAGAACAUUGUUACUCAAGGAAAAUCCCAGCCCAAAGAGGAAGCCCUUUAUAGGGCUUCCUGUCUAGAAGGAGCUAGUGGCCAGCUUGGCUGGAUAGGACUAGCCCAGAAACUGAGAAUACUUCAGCGUCCUGCAUGAUGCUCCAAUUGUGGUUCUGGUUGUUUGCUGGAUAGGGCUAAUUGUAUACAGAGCUGAAAGUCCUCAGUAUUUGGUACUAGGUGAAAGACUAAAUUUCUAGGUGGUAGAAGUUACAGACCUGCCAUAUUGUAUAUCCUCCUAUGCAUUCUGAGAACAGCACCCAACCCUGGAGGAGGAAUUGCCUUCAGGUAUCUUGUAGCAAUACAAUCGUCUGCUAAAAGAGAUUUUAAAAAAUCAGAACUGAUAUAACUCUGGAAAAAGGGGUGAAAAACUCAGGUGGACAGGUUACUAACAUGCAAGUAAGUCAUCCACUAUACAUCAUAGUCACUGACGCCAAGUUGUAUAAUAGUCAAAGAUUGCUUUAUUGUGUCUGGCAAUUCCAUUUCAGCAGAAAAAGCCAACCAACCAUUCCUCAUUAAAUUUGUGUUUUUUGCACUAGGUGGCAACCACUGUGAAGAACUACUUUAGAAGCUGACCCAGCUUUAGAAUAAUUGCAUUAGAAUGGCAAAUCAUCAGUCAAAAUCAGUAAAAAUGCAGGAUGAGCCAAGUAUUCCAAAUAGUUAUGCUGAAGCAAUUCAUCUGUCGUCAGCUCAGGGUUUAUGUCUUAGUAGGGAGCGCGCUUUAUUUACUUCAUUAUUUGUAGUAAAUAGCACUAUAUGUAAAUAAUUUCAUGGAAAGCUUUAGGGAAUACCAAAACCUAUGCCAGUUCAGUGUUAGGAAAUAGAAUUGUAUGAACAUUGCUGUUUAACUGAUGGAAGUGUUUCUCAACAAGACUUGCAUGGACCUAAUUGUAGAGACUCCAUGCCUCUGGUAGAGCAUUUGCUUUGCAUGUAUGAAAUCCAGUGUUCAGUUGUAGGAGUUACCAACUGAAGGAUUUCAAGUAUCAGGACCAAGAAUGAUACCCGCUUUAUUUCUGAGAGCUGUUUCCUCUCAAAAGAUAGUACUUAGAUAAAAGGUCAGAUAUUAAUAGGUUACAGGUUACUUCCUAGUAAUGCUUAUAUACUAUUAGAUUACUAUUACUUCUUUAGCAAUUCCUGUAAAAUAGAAGUGUGUGCAUUUCAUUCAAGAUGAAAACAUUUGAAUCAGUGAAUACAAUCAAUUUAUUCUGUUCUACAAAUGUCAGUUGGACUGCUGUAGAGCAAUCAGGUUGCAGAUGGUGGCCAGCAUAUCUUUGCAGUAAGGCAAGAUACUUCUUCUGUGCUUAUAUAGUGUGUCACUGAUCUGAUAAAAACUGUACAAUUACAGUUAUUGGAGCCUUUCCUAUUAAUGUUAUCAGUAAGGCCAUUUUGCAAAUUUGGAGAGGAUGCCCACACAGUUUCCAGAGUUCAUUGUUAAUGAGGAUGAAAUCACUGGAACAGAUCAGUGCUUCAUAAGCAAUUCAAUAAUCCACUAGUCAGCAGCCAGCAUUUAUCUUGUUGCUUUCUAGUGCUUGCUCUCUCUCUCUCUCUCAUUCUCUUUCUCUCACACACACAGUCUUGCUGAACACUUUAAUAAGACAAAAAGAGCUGCAGUACUUUGUCAUGUAUAAUGUAUGGAAAGAGAUAUGAUAAAGCUUAAAAAUGAAACUGUUGUCUUAGUGUUAGGAGGUACAUCUUCAAAAGCCCAUUGCUGGUGCUUCCCUGUAGUUGUUUUAAAGCAGCAUACUGGUUCUGUUCACACUAUGUAUUUUAUAAUAUGACUAUUAUUUUAUUUUAAGAAAAUAUCAUUAUCAUGAAAGAACUGCCAAACACAAUCUUUUCUCAAGGAUAUAUCUCUGUGUAUUGACAUUCAUGCAAAACUAAAAACAAUUGCAAGAGUUUUCAUUGUUGAUGUGGUCAGGAAGGAUAUUUUAAUAAGGUUAAUUCUUUUGUGGAAAGCUUCAUACUGUUUCCUUUGUAACCAAUAGAUUGUGGAUGGAGAAGUAAAAAUAUUCUAUAGCAGCUAAGGGCCACUGAUCGGAUAUGACUGAGUAUAUCAGCUAUGAAAAAUGAUGGGAAUAGAUGGCUUAUUUGCAGUUGUUUGUUUAUUUAAGAAAUGAAUGCCCUGCUUUUCAGAUAGAGGUCUCUUGUAGUCACUAACACAUUUAAGUAAAACCAUGACAGAUAACAUGAAAAUAAAACAGGAGCAGCAGAAAACAGUAAAACUGAGAUUGAAACUAUAUGUCAGCACUCUAACUAAAAGCCUUAUUUAUUUGCAAUAUUUUUAUACUGCUUCACUUUCAAGUAGGUUCUAGAGUGGUAAACAGUACAGCAUUAAAAUGAGUAAACAAGUAAAAACUAUUGGAAACAAGAUAACUUUAAAACCUAUGGUGACCAGAAAAGAAGCCUUUCCAGAACAUUCUUUCUUAGCAGAUGCCAAAAAAUAAAACUGUGUUUGUGCCUGCCUGACCAGCUAAAACAGGGAAUUCCAUAGAAAUGAGGCCACUGUGCUGAAGGCUCUUCUCCUGGUGGAUUCCAGUCAGACUAUGAUCCUAUUUGAAACCAGCAGGAGAAGGUAUUCCAAUAACCUUAGUGACUGGGUAGAUUGGUAAGAGAAAACUUUCUCAAGUAUCUUGGUCACAAAUAUUUCAGAACUUUGCACACUAAUAUUAAAACCUGGCUUGGUAGUGAAUAGGUAGCCAAUGCAUUUCCUUCAGCAAGAGAGUUGCACUCUGAAAAUAGGCAGUUCCUGACAACAGCCAGACUGCUGAGUUUGCACUGUCUCCAGUUUCUAGAACAGCCUGCUUGGCAGCCCCACAUAGAGCAUAUGGCAGUAAUCUGCUCUUGGGGUUACACACACCUGCAGCACUGUGGCCAAACUUUCCCUUUCAAAGAGAGGCUGUAGCUGGUAACUCAAGUGGACAUAGUAAAAGGCAUUUUGAGCCACUGCAAACUCUUGGGACUCUAGCAGCUCUGAUGGAACUUUCAGAGGGAGUGCAACCUCAUCCAGAAGAGGCAGUGUACCUAUGUUCCAGACUCAGGAAUCACUCAGGCACAUGCCUUUUUGCCAGGAUUCAGCUUCAGUUUAUUGGCCCUCAUCCAGCCCAUCACUGGGUCUAAACACUGAUCUAGGACUUGUGCAGUCUCUCCUGAUUGAAAGACAAUGAGUGAGUGGUUCAGGGACAAAUGUUACAGAGACAAAGAGCUGUCUGUCAUACUGAUGGCACUUAGCUCCAAAUACCCUAAUGACUGCUCCCAUCCUGCUCCCAACAUGGAAUGUGGGAUGAUACUCUGUGGAACACCAUAUCUCAAUUGGCAGGGGUUCAAGUAAUAGUCAACCAGUGUUAUUGUUUGAAAUAAACCCUGCAGGUAAGACUGGAACCAAUAUAACACAGUGUCUCCAAUAUCUCACCUAUAGUCAAUCUAGGAGAAUAUCCUCAAUAAGCUUAUAAGAGGUAGAAUAGAACGAACAAGGUUGUACUUCCUCUGUCCGUAAUCAGGUUAAUCAAGGCUGAUUCAGUCCCAUAGCCAGGAUGAAAGCUGGAGUGAAAUGGGUCUAGAUAAUGAAUCUUCCUCAAGAGUGCACCUGUACUCAAUCAGUGGAAUUUUAUUUAUUAUUAUUAUUAUUUAAUUUCUAUACCACCCAGUAUUCAAAGCUCUCUGGGUGGUUUAGAACAACUUUCAAUUGUUUGCAAUUGAGCAGUAGCUAUCAAAUAUUACUGUGACUAGAGAGUUUUGUUUUGUUUUCCUUUACAGGAGCAGUUAUACUACUGCUACCUUAAGGACAGCAGGAACAUGCACAUCUCACUCUUUGGACCCAUCAGUUAAACCCUCCUAGCUAGUUUUUCUUAGCCUGGGAAGGCAAGAACUGAGAGCGUACAUAGUUCAUUGCACUGCUGCAAGCUCCUCAUCCAUGCCAUUAGGCCACAAUAACUGAAACUGAUCCCACAAAUUGGAGAGAAGCAAACAUCAUCAGACACCUGUACUGAAACUUUGCUAACAACAGUUUCAAGUUCACUGCAAAGAGCAGCAAAGGUUUUGAGGGUGCCAUAGCCCCAUCCACUAUGGAGGAUGUUAGUAGUUCCCAGACCACCCACUCCAUUUGACAGCUACCUGGGGAUGCAUGGAGGCAGCAAAGUAACCCUUUUUUUUGCUGCCCACAUCACUGUACAAUAGGCGUGCUUAUGUGCUCUAGAAUGUGUUUAGGCUUCUUCACUUUGAAUCUUACACCAUUUUUCAUUCAAACAGGUCUCCAGACUGUUUCAUCAGCUGCAGCUCUCUAGUAUACCAAGGAGCAGAGGGAGUUUGAAUGAAACACUAGAGAAGGCACUAGUGAAACACUAGAGAAGGCACUUAGGUGUGAUCAAGUCUACCGCCCUCCACAUUGAGACUAGGUCUUGGCUGGAACACCAGCUCUGUCUCCAAGGAAAACUCCAAGAACUUUAAGAAAUUUAUUGCAUCCCACCAGUUUCUUGGGCAAACCAUCUGACUGGGGACCCCACCCCUGCAGGAGCAAAGUAAUGAUCUGAGUUCAAAUUUCGCCAGGAAAUGAUCUGAUCAUGACAGCAGGGUUACUUGGGCCUCCACAUUUCAUGCCUUGUAGCAAAGACCAAGUCAAGGCAUCAAGCUAUCUAUACCUUGCAUAUAUGGAUUAUAGGCGUAUUCUGAAAAUUGCAGGCUAUAGUAGUCUGCAUGAAAGCAGAGACUUUACAUCGGUGUUUGAAAACAAAGAUAAAAUUGUGAUCAUCAUGGAGUAUGCAAGCAAAGGGGAAUUGUAUGAUUAUAUCAGUGAGAGGCGACGGCUGAACGAACGGGAGACAAGACACUUUUUUCGGCAAAUUGUCUCUGCCGUGCAUUACUGCCACAAGAAUGGAGUUGUCCAUAGGGACCUAAAACUGGAAAAUAUUCUUCUUGAUGACAAUUGUAAUAUUAAGAUUGCAGACUUUGGGCUUUCGAAUCUUUAUCAGAAAGACAAAUUUCUUCAGACUUUCUGUGGAAGCCCACUGUACGCGUCUCCGGAAAUUGUCAAUGGAAGACCUUACAGAGGCCCAGAAGUCGACAGCUGGGCCCUUGGUGUAUUACUUUACACUCUGGUUUAUGGAACAAUGCCCUUUGAUGGCUUUGAUCACAAAAAUCUAAUCAGGCAGAUCAGCAGUGGAGAAUACCGAGAGCCAACACAACCCUCAGAUGCUCGUGGUUUGAUCAGAUGGAUGCUAAUGGUGAAUCCUGAGCGCAGAGCAACCAUUGAAGACAUAGCCAACCACUGGUGGGUUAACUGGGGCUAUAAGAGCAGUGUUUGUGAUUGCGAUGCCUUGCAAGACUCCGAGUCCCCUCUGCUGUCUAGGUUUAUAGAUUGGCAUAAUCGUUCCAGUGGCCUCCAGCCAGAAACUGAUACCAAAAUGAAGUGCCUUUCCAAACCAAAAGGAUCGGAGGUCACACUAGAGAGACAGAGAUCCCUGAAAAAGUCAAAGAAGGAAAAUGACAUUGCACAGUCUAUUCAGGAAACCGGAAUUGAAAAUGCAUGCAAAUUAAACUCCAAGAGGCCAAAAGGCAUCUUGAAGAAAAGGAGCAAUAGUGAACAUCGAUCUCAUAGUGCAGGAUUUAUAGAAGGAGUAGUCAAUCCAGUACUACCGUCCACUUUUAAAAUGGACCAGGAGCUAAGUAGGACAGGCAUAUCCAUCAAGAGUGCUAUGGAGGGGGAGGUAAUGGGUAAAUACAGCACUAAGCAGUCUUCCUUAAUGCCAAAAAAGGGAAUUCUCAAGAAGACUCAGCAAAGAGAAUCUGGAUACUACUCAUCUCCAGAACGGAGUGAAUCUUCAGAACUCUUGGACCAUAAUGAGGAGGGAGGAAACAUUGACACAUCCCCAGGCAUCAUUGAAACAUUAAGGAUAGAGUCUCACAGCCAUUCUUACCGGCGCAAGGGUAUUUUAAAACAUAGCAGCAAGUAUUCCACUGGUAGCACCGAUUCAGCUUUGAUUAGCCCUGACACACCAACACUGGAAUCUAUGGAAGAAGCAGUACUGCCAGGAGAGGGGUUAUCUCGAAGUUACAGCCGCCCUUCUAGUGUCAUUAGUGAUGACAGCAUCUUAUCCAGUGACUCUUUUGAUUUGGUGGACUUGCAAGAGAAUAAGCUUAGAAUAAGGAGCUGUGUGUCUGCUGAAAAUGUCCUUCAGAUCCAAGAUUUCCAAGGACUUCAGAACCGUUCACGACCACAGUAUCUGAAGCGUUAUCGGAAUCGGACGGGGGAUAGUAGUUUUUCCCUUCUUACAGAUAUGGAUGAUGUCACUCAGGUCUAUAAGAAAGCUCUGGAGAUCUGUAACAAGCUUAACUAGCAGCAGGGAGAUAGCAGGGCUGGAAGGAAAGGGUCUAGGGUACCUUUAUGAUGGAGUUGGUCCAAUUUAUCAAUUUGCUGAUGGUGGUAGAAUUAUUGAAGUGACAUUUAACAGACAUAGUGAGUAGAAAUCCUUCAGUUCUGUUGAGGAAAAAUUCAUCUCAUGCUCAUUAUGCAACCUAAUAGCUCAUGCAAUCAAAAUACUACCUAAUGUCCAAAGAAGUUACAAUAAUGUAUGAAGCGAAAACUCUGGAAUCUGGCAGACAGAAAAGGAUCAUGUUCUAGGGGCUGUAAGCUGGAGCUAGACAAAAUGUAAACUGGAAAAAAGGUAUAUAUAUUUAUAUUACAGAAGGUAACUAACCACUGGAAAAGCUAUAAUACUAAGAGUAAAAGAAAAUCAUUUUCAAUGUCAGAAAUCAUUUGCAGGUGGAAUAGUUAACAUCCAUAUGUUAAUGCUUACUGACAUUUUUCAGAUUUUCAGCCAAACAAGACCACAAUCCCCAGAUACACACAUGAAGCAUUUGGCUUUCUGCUGCACACAUUUGUGCAAGCAUAUGUAUGCAACCAAUGACCGGCACUGCCAGUUAUCUGAUGAUAGUGCUACUGUGAGAAAAGGAUUUAGUAUAUGAGUAGAAAGCAUUUUGUAUUUAUAGAGUUUAGGCUGUGAAGAGAUAGAAGGAUGAGGAGCUGAGGGAAAGGAAGAAGAUACUUUCUGCCAAACAAAAAGAAGCAAAAGGUUCUGGAAAUCUACAUGGCCAUAGACAGGCUACAGAAAAGAAUCUAUUUGACAGUGGAGGCUACUUAAGUAGAUUCUUGAGAAUCUUCCAUUUGUUUUUGAAAAACAGCAUUUUCAUGGCUUUCCUGAUUGUAGAGAAAAGCUGUGAAGAAAAAAAUGUGUUGCCCAUACUUCUUGACUGUUAUUUCCAAAUAACCACCAGUCUGCAGGAACCAGCAAAUGAAAGUUAGGAGGGCUCACCUUCCCUUGACCCAUUAAAUAACGGUCAUCUUAAUUUCUUCGAAUUAAACUGUAUUCCAUGUCUUCCUUCCGUAAGAUUUCUCUUACUUUUCUUAGUCCUGCUAGGCAGCUCUGGUAAAGCUCAGAUCCAAAUAUAAAGGGUUAUUUUUGACAGAAUCAAGAUACACAGGAAGAAGUUCAAGGGUGAGUCUAGGCCAAGGUUAAAUGUCGAAGAAGUCAGUACAAAACAUCAUACUAGAAAAAGAAGUUGAUCAUCUAAAAUCAGAUUAGGACAAGAAAUUAGCAUGAAAGUUGGGAGGAAAGCUAAGAAGGACCAGAGGAGCACUCUGAACUAAAAUAGCUGAUUGCCAUAACCUCUUUCCAUUCCCUUAUGGGCAGCUAGAAUCAUUAACGAUGGGAUGCAGUUGCAUCUAAACGCAUUUAAAACAUUCCAGCAUAGGUCUAGAAAUGAAAACAGAUAGACCCUCUCCCCUUAAAAGGAAGAGAAAAAUUCAGAGAGGAAAAUCCCACUUGUUCUAUUAUGCAAAUUAUGUGACACUGGUAGAUUAAGAAAAUGUAUGUAUGCAAUACAUCUUCAUCCUAGUUUGGUCAGUUGCAGAACUGCCCAGAUAGCUUUGGCUGUUGCACAGUAUAGAAAAAUAAAUAAAUUUUAAUUUUAUGGUUUCAGACUUCUGGAGGUUUAGCAUAGAAUUCCAGAGCCCUUGUCAAUAAAUAAUGUAGAGGAGGAAUAUAAGAAAUGUGGUUUAUGAGUAGGAAGAAGGUAAUAGGAUAGUAGACCUCAUGAGGAAUUCAGUUUAAGAAUGUAUGUGUAUUGUGUCUGAUAUUGCAUGGCUAAUGAGGUUGAAUUGGAGAAGACAUUUAUCCCAUGAACAUAAUUUAAAAUAUUGCAGUUAAAGGCUUCAACUCCCAUAAAGGUACCACUUGGUUCUACUGGAUCACAUGAAUGUAAGCCUCUUUUUAAAUAGGCACUAUGUGUUUGACAGGCCUGGGCAAUUCAGAAUCAGUUGGCCCAUUUUGGUCACAAAUAUUGUAGCAAGCAGCUUGGUGUCAAUAGAGCUGAAUUAUCAAAUUAGCUUACCAUGUCAGAUUGUUUCUAUCUUUUAAAAAAGUCAGCACUCACAGUUAACUACAGAUAAUAAGCCAAGAUUCUGUUCCUGAAUUCAAUGUGCCAAUUUUAUGACUUUAACUGAGAACAGAAUUUGGUACUCUAAUUCAGAGCUUGAAAUGAUAUAGGAAACUAGUGCCAAACUGAACAUUAAAGAUAUGAAAAUACUUGAGCUAGAAGGAAAUGUUAUAUAUUUCUCACGAUAAUGUCCAAACUGCUUAAUUUGUGUCAGAACGUCACAGUCAAACAGACAAACUAAUUCAUUUGUUUCCCAGAAUGGCUUUUCUAAUUCUUCAGGAGAGCUUUAUUUCUGCAGGGCAAAGGACCAAAUUGACUAUUCAAUUCUGAUCAAAGAAGCAUGGUUUUCCCUCCAUCUUCCCUCUGAUGAGAAAAUAUUCAUUUUAUACUAAUAGAUGUCUACCCCAACUUGGUGGAAAACCACAUACCCUCUCUGGACUUGCAACUCCAAUUUUAUCCAGAGUACCAUAUGUGCAGCCUAAUCCUAAUGCAUGUUUACUCAGAAAUGAAUCUUACUGAGUUCACUAGAGUGUAUUCCAAGCAGGCAAGCACAGCAUUGCAGACUUAGAGGGAUACAAAUAUCUAAAAAUGUGCAUUUUUUGAAACGGCAAUUCAGUAAUUUGGAUAAAAUUGCAUUAGCAAAAGGCCUGUGUUCUGAUCCAAGUUUAUACAAACUUUGCUUCCUUGGCUGCCAAGUUGGGACCCAUCUCACUUACCCUAAUGGAGUUUUAUUUCAAUGGAACAGUACUGACUUACACUGCCUGUCCAUCUGGCUCAAUUAAAUAUUCACUUGAUGUAGUAAAGGUGAGGGAACUUGCAACUGCUCCUGGGAGGAACUAAGAAUUGCCUUCAAAUUGAGCUUUAUCUAGACUGUUGCCCAGGCCUGCUAUCUUAUGUACAAAUGUGAAAGAUUGAUUGAUUGCUGCCAAACUGGAAAAUGUUCUGUAGGGACUUACUGGCAUGUUAUCAUUCUAGAAGAAGCAGAACACUUGACUGCACAUUGUUUUCUUUUUAGUGUUGUGUAUUUUUUUUCUUAUUUAAUUUGGGAAGGGUUUUUUCCUGGUAUUUCAAAGUUGACUUUUUUAUUUGAAUUUGUCUUUUUUAUUUAUUGGUCUUAAAGCCAUUUCAAAGGUAUAAUAAUAUAUUUUGGUGUAAUUUAAUUGGUGCAGCAUUAUUUUACAGCUCUGGCCAAAAUGUUACCUUUAAAAACAAAUUGUUGAUUUUCCUUUUGUUUUGCCCAUUGGCUGGUUUGAUCUCUAUGAGGCAGGGGAAAAGCUGGAUAAUCACCCAAAGUGUUUGUAUUUUUAAUCUGAUACUGUAUUUUGUAUGAAAUAAAAAACCAAAAAAGUGAA